AUGUCUAUUCGUCGUGACCGACCAGAUGAUCUAACCUGGGAGGUUAAAGAGUUUAAAAGAGAGCAGCAAGAGAUGAUCGCAUGUUUCAGACGUAUGCAGGAAGAGGGUACAGAUAUAGUCAAUCACGAAUCUCGUCAGCAAGAGCAGCCCGGCCCUGACAAACAAAGGAAUCAUCAUCUGCCCUCCAAGAGGCGGUCAGACUAUCAACGGCAGGGUCUGGGGGUCAUAUCCCCACCUCCAAAGCGAAAGCGAACUCUCCCUCCCAGCUUCUGGGGCCAGAACAUCCCAGACCAGCCUCCCGAUAAUGAUAUUCGGAAACACUGGCCACUGUUUGGGCACCCUGGUAGUAUUACCACUAUCAGCGCGAUCAAUAAGCGACAGGCCAUACUUGAUCACCUUGACGAUCAGGCAACCUUCAAAAAGGGAGAUGAGGAUUAUAAAGUACACAUGAAGCUACGGUGCAAGGUGGGCAUCGAGCUUGAAAAAUGGGCUAGUGUUGGCUGUCAGCUUUGUUACGUUCUCGACGACACCGGCUUAGAUCACAAUCUCGAAAACUGCACCGCUGCAGGUUCCAAGGCAGCGCAGAUAAUCCUGAGCUGGCUAGGAACGUUGCAUCUUGAACGGUACGCAGGGAACGUAAAUCAUUGCAGCCUCUGCACCGAGACCGGCCAGAUAUGCGAAGAUAUAGCUAUAAUGAUUCGCAGGUGUCAUGCCAAUACCAAGGAAGAGAAGAAUCAUUGGACAGAGAAGUACAUGUCGGCAACGGGUCCAGAUGGAUUCUGCGAGAACAAGCUAGCUAUACGAAGGACCAUUGCCGCCCUUUGUACAGUUGACGACCAGAUUCUCGGCAAAGCAUUGACCAGAUUCGUAUCACAGACAUAUAACACAGAUCUCACAUUAGAAAGUCAAGCGAUCAAGUGGUUCGAAGAAAAGGUUCCUCUCGAAGAGACCUGGAUACCGCAACUCCUUGUAGCCUUUGACCUGCUUGUACGAGCAUUUGAGUUCCUUUCCUGCGGUGCGGUGGGGGCAGGUAGAGACAACGGUACUUACGACUCCGGCCCUAGUGGACUCUCUGAAGCCCCUACCCUUCAUAUGUCUUGGGGCGAUAGCGAAGAGGUUAGCGAGUGGAAGGUCGUGAUGGAUUGGUGGAUGGGCAAAUGCAGCUUUUGUGCAGGACGAGGAGUGCAAGGGCCACAAAUCGAGCAUACCCUACGCCAGUGCCCACAUGGUGGGAAGCAGGUUCUCAGCUCAGAGUUAGCAGAGGGAAUCUACGAAGAAGGCUUCAGGGCUCGUGGAGGCUGCCGGAGAUGUGCUCUGCCUCGGGAAGUCUGUGAGGCAUGGGAACAGGACACAUCCGGGGAGUGGUAUUUUCAUCCAAGAGUUCGUUGCCAGUACGGAAGCCAAGCUUACGAUACUGCCAUUGGCUUCUUCUGCAAAAACUCUCGUUACCGUAUAAUGCUUAUGGAGAGUAUAUCAGAGGAGGGUUUGAAUGAUCUUGAUGAAGAGUCGGUGGCUAUGUGGUUAGGAAAGAAGAUAACCGUAACAGGUGUAGAGGCCUCUGAAAUCAUGAGGCAGUUGAGAUGGUGGUCACAAAUGGUUUGGAAAAGUGCAAGGAGCUGUAUGGGAGGCCCUUAUGCGCGCUACUGUAUUGUUCGAGACGACAGCGAUAGCAACGGCCCGUCCGACACGGCUAAUGAAGCUGAUGCUAGACAUCAGAGCGCUAUGGAUGAGUUCAUUGCUGCAGGUGAGGUUCGAUUGAAGGAAGCAGACGCCGCACGACUACGGAAGGGGGACUUGGAAGAAGAUAUCGACCGUGAUUCGCCGUGGGUCAAGAGGCUAGGCCGAGUACGGCACUUUGGCUCCCGGGACUUGAUCAGUAUUCACGACGCUGCCCAGUGGCUAUAG